UAUUACGGAGGAGUGGCCCGGAAGUAUGACAGUUGUUCCUGGCUGAGCUCAGGCCGCUGUAGCUCUAAGUAGACUCGCUAAGAGGACGAAACUGAGAGUCUGUUUCUUUCUGACCUUUAUUUAUAAUGGCGCUACACCUGAAAGACAAAGAAGCUUACCAAAGACUGAACUAUCUAUACCAGGCUGCACAUUGUGUUUUAUCCCAAAACCCAGAAAAUGUGGAGCUGGCUCGUUUCUACUGCUUCACACAGAGGACCAUUGCAAGACGUUUAGUUCUCAGACAAGACCCAACAGUGAAGAGAACAUUAUGCAAGGAGUGUUGCUCAUUGCUCAUCCCUGGUGUAACUGCUACAACAAGACAACAAAGAAAAAACAGCAAGACCCGCUUCACUGUGGUGAGGUGUCUCAGUUGUGGGCAGAGGAAGACAUUGCUGAAUAAUCCAGAUUACUGUUUAUGGGUAGAUCGCCCCGAGGCUCAGCUGGAGCAGCAAAAGCAACCAGAUCCAGGCCGUCCUGCUAAGAAUCAGCCAAAAGACACAGAACCAGAUGGGUCACAGUCUUCUAAACCCAGAGCUGCCCAGAGUGCUGCCAGCACAUAGCAGCAGUUCCGGACUGUGAAAUAUUGAUGGAUGAUAUUACAUUUUUUCUUUUUUCUUUUUCUUUUUGAUAUAAAAUAUCUGCUGUUGUGUUGUCUUACAUAUAUGCAGAAUCAGAGGAAGAAGUUGGAUAUUAUCUAGAUGCCAGCUAAUCACUUCUGUUUUUCAUUCAUUUCAUUUUGUUGAUUCAUUCAAUUUUUGGCCUCUGUGCGAUGAUUAUCAAUAAUCAGGUGAAGCUUGUGCUGCCGCCUGUUACGGUGUCAUUCUCAAUGAUACCACCAGAUGGCGUCUCAAACUUCAUUGAUACUCAGCAGAAAAGCGGACAAGAAUGGAAAAAGUACAUUCAUUUUAGUUGUUAUUAUUAUUUGUCCCAAAUAUUUUACAUUGUCUCCACAGGCUUGUUAAGUUGAAGUAAACAUCUUUUGACCA